GAGCAAAGCGGGAGUGAGAGUGAGGCAGGGCAAGGAGGAGGAGGCAGGCAGGCAGGCAGCAGGGAGUCAUGCGGCGGGCGUGUUGACCUCUUAAUAAAUAUAUCCCCGAGUGUGUGUGUCCCGGCGGCCGCAGACUCACGCCAUGGCGGCCAAGAAGUACCUGACGGCGGAGCACCUGCUGGGCUUCGAGAAUUACAAGUACAGCGCCCAAGACACCAGUCCACUCAGCAACUAUGUUAUGCACCCUUUCUGGAACGCUGUGGUCAAGAUCUGCCCGCGCUGGGUGGCCCCCAAUGUGCUGACCUUUGUUGGCUUUCUGUUCACGGUGGGCAACUUUGUCUUGCUGGCCUUCUACGACUACAGUUACUAUGCGUCGAGCGAUGACCCGCCGGGGGACAAGUACCCGCCCAUCCCUAACUGGGUGUGGCUGGCCUGCGCCUUCAACCACUUCAUGGCGCACACGUUAGACGGCAUUGACGGCAAGCAGGCUCGGCGGACAGGCACAAGCAGUCCGCUGGGGGAGCUGUUCGACCAUGGGCUGGACUCGUGGACCACCUUCUUCAUCCCCGCCUGCCUCUGGUCCGUGUUCGGCCGUGUGGACUACAGUAUUACUCCGCUCAGGUUCUACUUUGUCUUGUGGAAUGUCAUCACCUGUUUCUACACGUCGCACUGGGAGAAAUACCUCACCAAGAUCCUGUUCCUCCCAUGGGGCUACGACCUCUCCCAGAUAAUGAUCUUCGUAAUCUAUCUGGUCACCGGGGUCUGCGGCGCACACAUCUGGAAGUUCGAGGUCGUGAGCGGGCUGUCCUCCGGCGUCAUGUUCGAGAUCAUGAUGUACGCCGGCUCGCUGGGCACCUCGCUCCCCAUGUCCUUCUGGAACAUAUACAAGUCGUACAGGGACAAGUCGGGCAAGAUGCUGGGCUUCUGGGCUGCCAUGCGUCCGCUGGUCAACCCACUGGUGUUCUUUUUCCUGGGCACUGUGUGGGUCUACCAGUCGGGCUCAGACAUCAUCAACGAGAACCCCAGGAUGUACUUCUUCAUGAUCGGCACCAUUUUUGCCAACGUUAAUUGUCGUCUGAUCGUGUCCCAGAUGAGCAACACCCAAUGCGAGUUUCUCAACUGGCUCCUCUUCCCGCUGGCUUUCUGUCUGGUCAUCGUGGUGGUGUUCCCCAGCCUGGAGAUCGCCACGCUUGUCAUCAUGAGCGCCGUGGCCACUGUGGCGCACAUACACUAUGGGGUCUGUGUGGUACGCCAGAUGUGCGAACACUUCCACAUCAUGUGCUUCACCAUCAAGGACCGAGCAGAUUGACUACUCGCCGACAGUGCAUAAGGAUUCUGCAGGUGGCUGCCCUCGAAACCAUGGGGAAUAGGUUCACUUUCAUUGUGUUUUGACCGCUGCAAACUCUCAAUGGUAACACUUCAAAGUUUUAGAGUCACCCACAAGUAUACAUAUCAAGGUGUGGUUUGCAACGGCUCACGCUAGGCUAGACUGAACCAAGCUAACACACACACACACACACACACACACACACACACACACACACGGCUGUUUACAAUGAGUUUUAGUCCGUGCAGGAAAUUGGAAAAAUAUCCCGAACCUUCACGUCAUUUACCUCGGAUAAAUCGACAUCCCGCUCAAUACCCAGAACAAGCUAUCUCAAUACUAGGCUCCAAAGACACAUCCUCUUGGUUCAGCCGAUCUUUCCUAACACGACUAAGGUAAGACUGAAUCAAGCUUCGGAUAGCGUUGAAGAAUGGACACACCUGUAGGAUGGAUGGUACGUUAGGUAAGUUUUCAAUGUGGUACAAAAUACUUGAUGAACAAGACAAUAAUGAAAAUCUUAGCUAGGUAACCGGGGCUCGUCUCUGCUCAUUGAAAAUACGAGGGCUUCGGUAACACAGUCGGACGAACGCCACUGUAAUUAAAAAUAUCUUACAUUCCCCCGAGCCGAUACUCUAUGGGGGUUAAGGGUUGGGUACAGCGUUGCAAAUUAUCGUACUCAGCGCAUUGCAUUCCCGUAGUUUCUGGCCGAUAACUAGCAAAAACGAAACCCAUCAAUAUUUUACAGUUUUAGGGCUAACUUUAAUUUUCUACCGUUAUUUGUGUGGUUACGACAGACUUGGAGCCUAAAUAUAAUGCAAUGUUCAGAGUACGACAGUUUGGCAUCGCUGGUGGGAUGUGCUACCAGGAAUGUCUGUGUGAGGUGUGGUAUUAUGGGAACUCUUAGACACGUCAUCACAGUUUAUGGGCGUUCAGGGUGGGAUAUGCUACCGGGAAUAUCUGUGUGAGGCGUGAGGUGUGGUAUUAUGAGAACUUUUAGACACAUUAGCACAGUUCAUGUUCUGACGCAAUAGUUUAUGGACGUUAAGGGUUGGAAAUGCUACUGGGAAUGUCUGUGUGAGGUGUGGUGUUAUGAGAAUCUUCAGACACAUCAGUGCCAUUCAUGUUCUGACACAAUAGUUUAUGGGCGUUAAGGGUGGGAUAUGCUACCGGGAAUAUCUGUGUGAGGCGUGAGGUGUGGUAUUAUGAGAACUUUUAGACACAUCACCACAGUUCAUGUUCUGGCGCAAUAGUCUAUGGGCGGGAAAUGCUACCAGGAAUAUCUGUGUGAGGCAUAACAUAAGGAGUCUGCAAGAGGCCGGUUGUGGUAUGACUGGUAUUACGUAAGUCCUUCAACACAUCGGCACCGUUCAUGUUCUGGCUCUUCCCCGACUGCGUUACCGGCGCCCUCGUCCUCGUCUGCUCCUAGGGCGGUGUAGCCAGAGUUUAGCUUCAGUGUAACAACAGUGCGGGCUAGGUUAGGCUGCUUCCUCUCUUCCUCCUCCUUGUUUCCCCGCUGCCUCAUCUCCUCUGCUUCGUUAUGAUUCCUCGCUGGCGACGCACGACACAUUAGGGCGCCCCGUACACUGUGAUGAAAGGGCCUUGGUACCAGUUUUCAUUUAUUGCUUUGUGCCUUGAGUUGUGUCUUCUGGCGGGGCAUUGGGGAUAAAUGGUGCAAUGUUUAAUAGCUUGUUACUCUAGUCAAUCCUAGGUGUGGGUUAGGCCAGCUCCCCC